CGGUUCCACCCAACCGCCGGAUUCCGGCCGCCUGGGCAGAACGUCGCAGAGCCGCGAGCCCGCUCGGAGCGCGCGGUCCGAAAGUCCCCACGUCUGGUUCUGCGUCCCCGGCUCCCCAGAUCCGUCGCCAUGGCCAGCCAGGAGCUGGCGCGCAAGCUGCAGCGGCGACUGCAGUGGGAGGAGGCGGAGGAGGGCCGCCCCCAGACCGCGUCCUGUGCUUUCGCAGCGCGGGAUCCCGAACCCGAGUGCGAGCCCCUAGCCUGGGCGCCCACCGCCAGCGCAGACGCCGAGCUGAGUGCGCAGCUGACCCGACGGCUGGACAUCAACGAGGGCACCGCGCGGCCUCGCCGCUGCAAGGUCUUCAACCCCUACACCGAGUUCCCGGAGUUCAGCCGCCGCCUCAUCAAGGACCUGGAGAGCAAGUUCAAACUGUAUGAUGCUGGACGGGAUGGCUUCAUUGACCUGAUGGAGCUGAAGCUGAUGAUGGAGAAGCUGGGUGCCCCCCAGACCCACUUGGGCCUGAAAAACAUGAUCAAGGAGGUGGACGAGGACUUCGAUGGCCAGCUCAGCUUCCGCGAGUUCCUGCUCGUAUUCCACAAGGCUGCGGCGGGGGAGCUGGAGGAGGACAGCGGGCUGAUGGCGCUGGCCAAGCUCUCCGAGAUCGAUGUGGCCCAGGAGGGCGUCAAAGGUGCCAAGCACUUCUUUGAAGCCAAGGUCCAAGCUUUGUCCUGUGCCAGUAAGUUUGAAGCUGAGCUAAAAGCCGAGCAAGAUGAGCGGAAGCGGGAGGAGGAGAAGAGGAGGCUCCGCCAAGCUGCCUUCCGGGAGCUCAAGGCUGCUUUCAGCACAUAGUCAAGUAACCUUGACCUCCAUCCACACAGUGCCUCACAGAUGCCCCUGAGAGAGCUGGCUGGGCACCCUCACCCCUGCCACUCCCACCCCUACCCAGCCUCCACACCCACCACCCAGUGCAAACUCCACAGCCUCAUGGGGGGGCAGGAGAGGCUCUCAUCCCUGUGUGGGAGGGGCUCCCACAGGGUCCCAGGGUCCUGGGAUGAGCCAAC